AUGGCCGCCCUCGACAUGUGGAUCGACUGGAACCGCUGGCACCCUAUUCCUUCGCCGCACGAGCUUGAUGAUGACGAGGAUGAAGAGGGGGAUGACGACGAGGACGACGAGGACGACGAAGACGAGGAUGACGACGAGGAUGACGACGAGGAUGACGAAGACGAAGACGAAGACGACGAAGACGAAGACGAGGAGAAAGCUCUGGACGAUCUCUUGGACGACGAUGUCGAUCUAGUGAUGGCUGCGGCUGAUCAAGAUACGUCACUUUCCCGUGCCAAGAAUGAUGCAGACGAUGCCUUAUCCAGUAUGGAUCCUUGCGUCGCGUGGGCGAGCCAGAGCACUGACAUGGAAGAAUGCCCUCUUUCGCCGGCGCCUGUUGCUGUGACCGACGAGCCUGCGCUCUGCUGCGAGCAUUCUCACCGACGUCCUACGUCGCACCGUGGCAGUGUCAUCCAGUCCCUCCUUAUCACCGAACCUACCAUGCAAUACUCUGGCUCGUACACCAAGAAGCUGGACACGACCGAUGAGCUAGUUCUUGCAGCCGAGCUCCUUCUGUUGCAUAAGUCACCGGAACUGGACGAAGAGCGCGCGACGUUCCACGCGAUGCCGACGUUUCACGUUUCGAGCGAUGAGGAGGAAGAGGAAGAAUCACCCUCCCACGGCGCCCGCACACGUGUGCACCAUUAA